UUCGCAGGAGACCCGUUUCGCUAUCUAGAUUCGCUAACACUGACAAACACCAAUAUUGUUUACUUGGAAAAAAGCAAUUUCGAAGGAAUGAAUGUUUCUAUUUUAGAAUUUCGUUGUGAUGACUACCGAGAAAUUAAGUUCGAAUAUGGCGCAUUGGAACCAUUGGGCUAUAACUUAAGCUCUUUACAAAUCAAUAAUUACGAAUUGAAGCCACAGGGACUCGUUAAUCUUACGGGAUCGACUAAUUUGCGCAAACUACUUACCUUAGAUUUAAGAUAUAACAAAAUCAGUGGAAUAGACGAUAAAGCUUUUUCUGGAAUAAAAUUUGUGCAACAAUUAUAUUUAACGUCGAGCCACGUGAAACACAUAGCGAAACAUUCUUUGGCUGGAUUGAAUGAUUUAGUCACAUUUUGUAUUGAAGGCAACGAAUUGACCACACUUCAAAACGGCUCCUUUGACAACUUUCAAAAUAAUGGUAAGAAUGAAAAUAAAGGC